UCUGAGGCUCUUUUCCUCCAUGUCCUGUUAAAUCAGUAGCAGUGCGGCUGGUUCUCAAGACCUCCUCCGGCGCCCCCCCCGCCCCAGAAUGACGUCAGUUUCCCUCCCCUCCUGAUUUUUUUUGGAAGAGGGGGAAAAGUUUUUUUGGGAGGGGAUACAAAGUCCACUGCGCCCUAGGGAAAAUAGCAACAAGAUUACCGCGUCUUUAUUCUGGAGACGAAGCCUAAGAAGGUGCUAAUCCAAAGAGUGGCUAAUUGAGAAGUUGUAAAAAUGAUAUUUGCCUGCAGUUCCGGACAAAGUAUUUUUUUUCUUUCCCCCCCACUUAAUACCCUGUGGACGAGAGUUUAAAAAAAAUCCUUGGUUAGAGAGAGCGAGCGAGAAAAGCGAGGAGUCGGCGGACUUCACUCCAGAAAAGGACUAGAUCCCAGCUUUUAAAAUCCCCUUGGAGCCUCCCAGAUUUGUCGCUCUUACAAACAGAAGCAUUCUCCAAAAUGCGAGCGGAGGGGACUCGCAUCUUGGGAGAGCAAUAGCUACCAGGGUCUUUUCGGGACAAUUUGCCAAGUUGUCUCGCAAGCAGCAGCAGCAGCACUCUGGGGAAGGAGACAAGCAGGACAUUGGAAUUCAAGAUCACACAACCAGCAGCUUCAGUGGAGAAAAACUAUUUUACUGGCAACUCUUUUUAAAGCACCAUCAUUUCAAAUCAGUGCGCUCUUAAACUAUUGACAGGAGCUUUGACAACAAGACAGGAUGCCUCAUAAAGGUCACAGCGGAGUGAAUCAGCUCGGCGGUGUGUUUGUCAACGGGAGACCACUGCCAGAUUCAACCAGACAGAAAAUAGUGGAACUAGCGCAUAGUGGGGCUCGUCCGUGCGAUAUCUCCAGAAUCCUGCAGACCCAUGCAGAUGCAAAAGUCCAAGUGCUGGACAAUCAAAACGUGUCGAAUGGAUGUGUGAGUAAAAUUUUGGGCAGGUAUUACGAAACUGGCUCCAUCAGACCCAGGGCAAUCGGAGGUAGUAAACCAAGAGUAGCGACUCCAGAAGUUGUAAGCAAAAUAGCGCAGUAUAAACGAGAGUGCCCCUCCAUCUUUGCGUGGGAGAUUCGAGACAGAUUACUAUCAGAGGGGGUCUGUACCAACGAUAAUAUACCCAGUGUAUCAUCAAUAAACAGAGUUCUACGCAACCUGGCUAGCGAAAAGCAACAGAUGGGUGCAGAUGGGAUGUAUGACAAGCUAAGAAUGCUGAAUGGUCAGACAGGGACGUGGGGCACCCGACCCGGAUGGUACCCCGGUACGUCAGUGCCAGGACAGCCUACUCAAGAUGGCUGUCCACAACAGGAAGGAGGAGGUGAAAACACAAACUCCAUCAGCUCUAAUGGAGAAGAUUCAGAUGAGGCCCAGAUGAGACUUCAGCUGAAAAGAAAGCUGCAGAGAAAUAGGACAUCAUUUACCCAAGAGCAAAUUGAAGCCCUUGAGAAAGAAUUUGAGAGGACUCAUUAUCCUGAUGUGUUUGCCAGGGAGAGACUAGCUGCCAAAAUAGACCUACCUGAAGCAAGAAUACAGGUGUGGUUUUCCAACAGGAGAGCAAAAUGGAGAAGGGAAGAAAAACUGAGGAAUCAGAGAAGACAAGCCAGCAACACACCCAGCCAUAUCCCCAUCAGCAGUAGUUUCAGCACAAGCGUCUACCAACCAAUCCCGCAACCUACCACACCCGUUUCCUCUUUCACAUCAGGUUCAAUGUUGGGCAGAACAGACACUGCGCUAACAAACACAUACAGUGCUCUGCCACCUAUGCCUAGCUUCACAAUGGCUAACAACCUGCCUAUGCAACCCCCAGUACCCAGCCAGACCUCCUCCUACUCUUGCAUGCUGCCGACUAGUCCGUCAGUGAAUGGGCGGAGCUAUGAUACGUACACACCUCCUCACAUGCAAACACACAUGAACAGCCAGCCAAUGGGCACCUCUGGAACCACUUCAACAGGUCUUAUUUCACCUGGUGUGUCAGUUCCAGUUCAAGUUCCUGGCAGUGAACCUGAUAUGUCUCAAUACUGGCCAAGAUUACAGUAAAACAUGUGUUAAUUCUGUAAAUGACUAUAUGGACAACAGUUGGAUGUUCAGCAGUAUUUUAUAAAGGAAGAAUGGCUUCUGUACUGCAACUGUGCCCUAUUCUGUAACACAUGGAAAAGACUUUAACAUGGACCUUUGUACACUGAAGGCAUUAUAUCAGUUGGAACAAAUCUUCAUUUUGGUAUCCAAACUUUUAUUCAUUUUGGUGUAUUAUUUGUAAAUGGGCAUUUGUAUGUUAUAAUGAAAAAAAUAAGAACAAUGUAGACUGGAUGGAUGUUUGAUCUGUGUUGGUCAUGAAGUUGUUUUUAAAAAAAAAAAAGAGGAAGCCGUGAUCAACAAGCUUUGCCACGAAUUUAAGAGUUUUAUCAAGAUAUAUCGAAUACUUCUACCAAUCUGAUUAUAGAUUCAGGACUGAUGUUCCAAGCUUGUAUCAUUCCAUUGCAUAUAAUUAAACCUGGAACAAUACGCACUAGAUUUAUGUAAGAAAAAUAUCUGUUGAUAUUUCCAAAGGUUGUUAACAGAUGAAGCUUAUGUGCAAACAAAGGGUAAAAGAGAACUUCAAUGAAGAAAAAAGUUUGAUAGAUAAAAGGUAGAUUGUGUCUUCGAUAUAAUCCAAUUUGUUUUAUGUCAAAAUGUAAGUAUUUGUCUUCCCUAGAAAUCUCCCAGAAUGAUUUCUAUAAUAAAGUUAAUUUCAUUUAUAUUUGACAAGAAUAUUCUAUAGAUGUUUUAUACACAUUUUCAAGCAUCAUACAUUUCUUUUUUGGUCGGCAAAAGUUAAUUGUUCUUAGAUAUAGUUGUACUAUUGAUCACAGUCCAAUCAUUUUUGUGCAUCUAGAAUUCAUUCCUAACCAAUUAAAAGUGCUUGCAAGAGUUUUAAACUUAAGUGUUUUGAAGUUGUUCACAACUACAUAUCAAAAUUAACCAUUGUUGAUUGUAAAAACCAUGCCAAAGCCUUUGUAUUUCCUUUAUUAUACUAUUUUCUUUUUAACCUUAUAGUGUGGUGGUGCAAAUUUUGUUACCCUAUUAGGUUAACAUUAUAUAUUGACUGAGUGUUAGUUUGAAUUUAUUUUCAAUA